GAGAAUACUUUCUUUCCCUAACUCCAAUCCUCCAACGCCUGCCGGAAUUUCUUCUUCACCGCCGAAAAAAGUAGCUUCGCAAGCCGCCGAAGAGGAUGUCAGCUCGCCAGUUGAAGAAAGUUCUGGAAGAACAAGAAGCUACACAGCAGCAACAGGAGGAGCUGCUGAACCGGAACGAUGAGUCUGAAUCCCCUGAGUCAUCUGUCCCAGCACAGAAUCCCUUUGAUCUUCUCAUGGAUGACAAUGACAGCGAUGAUCACCACGACUCAGACAAGGGAGAUGAAGUGGAAGCUGCUCAUGCAUCUCGAUAUCAAAAUGUAAAUGAAAAACAUCCUUCAAUGGUAAAAGCUUCUGUAACCUCGAUUUCGUUGGCAAACCAAAAAUCAAAGAAAAAGAAAAAGAAGAAGUCGAAGGCAGAUUUAUCAUCAAAUGUUGAAGAUCAUGAAAGAUCCUGUAAUGUGACAUUGGAAAAUCUAUCUCUUGAAGUCGAUUCUUCUAGCCAACAGCGUAUUGCUUCAUAUAGCAGAAAAGCCAAGUCUGCAAAUAUAAGUGGCAAAGACAGUAUCGUGAAGCAGUUGAAACCCUCUAUUCUACAAGUUGAUCCCAAAUUUCUCAGUGCAGAAAAUGAGUUACGAAGGAUAUUUGGUUCUAAGGUAGUGAAUUCAUUUGAAAAAGGGCAUCAAGCUGGAAAUUCCAGGCAGUCACUUACUGGUCGGCGAGGGAGUUACAGUCAUAGAAGGACUAUUCUUGUUUCUCCGUCUGAACACUGGCCUCGAUGGGAUGGGUCUUUGUCUAUGGAGCUUUUAGAGAGCAGCAAUGGGGUCAAUUAUUUCCGGUAUGUACAUUCACCAUCUUACAGCCAAGCCCAGAGAGCAUUCGAAGCUGCCAAGGCAAUCCACGACCUUAAUGGAAUUGCAAGCAUUUUGUUGCAGCACCCUUAUCAUAUAGAUUCCCUCAUAACGUUGGCAGAGUAUUUUAAAUUUUCGGGGGAACAUCAAAUGUCAGCUGAUGCAACAGCUAAGUGCCUUUAUGGUUUGGAAUGUGCAUGGCACCCAAUGUUCACUCCUUUGCAGGGCAACUGCCAAUUGAAAUAUAGCCAUGAGACCAACAAGCCCCUCUUCUCUACACUUUUUACUCACAUGAAAAACAUGGAUAGGCGUGGCUGCCACCGUUCUGCUCUUGAAAUUUGCAAAUUAUUGCUUUCUCUAGAUUCAGAUGAUCCAGUCGGAGGCCUGUUCUGCAUCGAUUAUUUUGCUCUUAGGGCAGAGGAGUAUUUGUGGCUGGAAAGAUUUUCUGAAGAGUAUGGAAGUGACAACUCCCUUUGGUUAUUUCCAAAUUUUUCUUUUUCCCUUGCCGUUUGUCGGUUUUACCUUGAAAAAAAGGAAGACACAGGAGAUGUGGAUAAGACAGAUGGAAAGGCUUCAUCAAAUGAUCUCAUGAAACAGGCCUUGAUGCUGCAUCCAUCAGUAUUGAAGAAAUUAGUGAAUAAGGUGCCUUUGAAAGAGCAGGUGUGGACAAGCAUACUUCAGUAUAGUUUCUUUAAAUCUGAGCAAUCAGGAAGCCCAACGUUGGAUCACUUGAUCAGCAUGUAUGUUGAAAGGAGUUAUCUUGUAUGGAGGCUUCCUGAUCUGCAAAAGUUUCUUCGUGACUCUGCUCAUUCAGUCAUUGCAACUCUGAAAGACAAAGGAACUGAUGCAAAUGAUUGGGCUUGCGUGAGGAAAGAGGCCUUUUCAUCCGAGAAAAAUGAGUACCGGCAUCUCCUGAUAUCAGAUUUCUCUGAUUCUGUGCCAACUAUGCCACCUGAUAAUUUGCAAAACUUCAUGGUUGAUCCAAGGAUGAGAGAGGUCCAGAAUGCUGAACAAGUUGGGGGGCGUCCUUUUCCCGCUCGUGCUCCCCGGGAUUUAACAAACCGAAAUGCACUAGCUGUCCUACUCGAGUCUAUGCUACCUUGGUUUGACUACGGACAAGGAGAAGGCGAGCACAACGAGAAUGAUCAUCAUGACCAGGCCAAUUAAGAUUAGACUAAGAUGUUCGGUUGUAGAGAAAUGGGUUUUUAAAGCAGGGAUAACAAAUCUAGGAAAGAUAUAUCAAUACGAGCAUUCUUUCGAUAAUAAUAAAAGGUUUGUUUGCAUUAUCAUCAUUCAUAUUCUUGUUGAUGGGCUGUGGAAUUUAAUCUUCUUUUUCGGCAAUUUUCUUUUGUUU